GCUGGCUCCUUGCAAAGCAGCUGUUUUGGGUUUGAAAUUCCAACAUGGCAGAGGCUGCAGUCAGUCUUCCCUUCAAAAACUUGGAAUGAUUUCAAAUCAUAGGCACCUUCACUUAACCCGAGCCCCCAUUCAUCAGCAAACAUAUCGGAUCGAUGCUACUCUAACCUAUCGGGUUCUUGUACCAAAUCUCCAGGUUAAAUGAAUACCUGACGAAAGGGCCCACGUUUCAAGGCAGUGACAUUUGAUAGCUGAGAGGAAAAGUGGCUUUAAUGAAAAGCAACCUUUGGAAUUCCUGCUUGUGAAAAAUCCAAUUCAGCUUUUUGUGCUGCCAGCAAGAAAUGAUCAGUAGCACCAGUGUUUAUGGCUUGAAGAUGCAGUGGACGCCCGAGCAUGCCCAGUGGCCAGAACAGCACUUCGAUAUUACUUCAACCACCCGGUCCCCUGCCCACAAGGUGGAAGCCUACCGGGGGCAUCUGCAGCGCACCUACCAGUAUGCCUGGGCCAACGAUGACAUCUCGGCUCUGACCGCCUCCAAUCUUCUGAAAAAGUAUGCAGAAAAAUACUCUGGUAUUUUGGAAGGCCCAGCCGAGCGGCCCAUUCUCAGCAAUUACUCUGAAGCUCCCUCAGGGCUGGUGAACGGUCGGAAGAAUGAAAGCGAGCCCUGGCAGCCGUCACUCAACUCGGAGAGCGUGUAUCCCAUGAACUGUGUCCCAGACGUUAUCACGGCCAGCAAAGCUGGGGUAAGUGCAGCCCUCCCUCCCGCAGAUGUCUCGGCCAGCAUUGGGAGCUCUCCUGGGGUGGCCAGUAACCUGGCUGAACCCAGUUACUCCAGCAGCACCUGUGGAAGUCACACUGUUCCCAGUCUUCAUUCAGGGCUCCCAUCUCAGGAAUAUGCCGCAGGAUACAAUGGCUCAUACUUGCAUACCAGUUACAGCGGCCAGCCAGCACCUGCACUUCCAUCCCCUCAUCCGUCCCCACUGCAUAGCUCGGGACUUUUACAGCCUCCUCCACCGCCGCCACCACCAGCCCUCGUCCCUGGCUACAAUGGGACCACUAACCUCUCCAGCUACAGCUACCCUUCUGCCAGUUAUCCUCCUCAAACUGCUGUUGGCCCUGGGUACAGCCCUGGGGGUGCCCCGCCACCCUCGGCAUACCUGCCUUCAGGAAUCCCUGCUCCGACCCCUCUGCCCCCAACCACCGUCCCCAGCUACUCCUACCAGGGCCACGGUCUGACACCCAUCGCGCCAUCUGCCCUGACAAACAGUUCAGCCAGCUCUCUCAAAAGGAAAGCUUUCUACAUGGCAGGGCAAGGAGAAAUGGACUCCAGUUAUGGAAAUUACAGCUAUGGCCAACAGAGAUCUACACAGAGUCCCAUGUAUCGAAUGCCUGACAACAGCAUUUCAAAUGCGAACAGGGGGAAUGGUUUUGACAGAAGUGCUGAAACAUCAUCCUUAGCAUUUAAGCCAACAAAGCAGCUAAUGUCCUCUGAACAGCAAAGGAAAUUCAGCAGCCAGUCCAGUAGGGCGUUAACACCCCCAUCCUAUAGUACUGCUAAAAACUCACUGGGUUCGAGAUCAAGUGACUCAUUUGGGAAGUAUACCUCCCCAGUAAUGAAUGAGCAUGGUGAUGAGCACAGGCAGCUCCUCCCUCACCCAAUGCAAGGCCCGGGACUUCGUGCAGCUACCUCAUCCAACCACUCUGUGGACGAGCAACUGAAGAAUACUGACACACACCUCAUUGACCUUGUUACCAACGAGAUUAUCAACCAAGGACCUCCCGUGGACUGGAGUGACAUCGCUGGCCUAGAUCUAGUAAAGGCUGUCAUUAAGGAGGAGGUUUUAUGGCCAGUAUUGAGGUCAGAUGCAUUCAAUGGACUGACUGCUCUACCUCGGAGCAUCCUUUUAUUUGGACCUCGGGGAACAGGCAAAACAUUAAUGGGCAGAUGUAUAGCUAGUCAGCUGGGGGCCACGUUUUUCAAAAUCACUGGCUCUGGCCUUGUCACAAAGUGGUUAGGGGAAGGAGAAAAAAUUGUCCAUGCCUCCUUCCUUGUGGCAAGGUGUCGCCAACCCUCGGUGAUUUUUGUUAGUGACAUUGAUAUGCUCCUUUCCUCUCAAGUGAGUGAAGAACACAGCCCAGUAAGUCGGAUGAGAACCGAGUUCCUUAUGCAGCUGGACACUGUACUGACUUCUGCUGAGGACCAAAUAGUAGUGAUCUGCGCCACGAGUAAACCAGAAGAAAUUGAUGAAUCUCUUCGAAGGUACUUCAUGAAACGACUUUUAAUCCCACUUCCUGACAGCACAGCGAGACACCAGAUAAUAGUACAACUGCUCUCACAGCACAAUUACUGUCUCAAUGACAAGGAGGUUGCACUGCUUGUCCAGCGCACAGAAGGCUUUUCUGGACUAGAUGUGGCUCACUUGUGUCAGGAAGCCGUGGUGGGCCCACUCCACGCCAUGCCAGCCACAGACCUUUCAGCCAUUAUGCCCAGCCAGUUGAGGCCAGUUACAUAUCAAGACUUUGAAAAUGCUUUCUGCAAGAUACAGCCUAGCAUAUCUCAAAAAGAGCUUGAUACAUAUGUUGAAUGGAACAAAAUGUUUGGUUGCAGUCAGUGAUACUACUUAAAAAAAGUGUAAUGAAUGUUGGCACACACAGAACCUGCUACAUAGGGUAGAGAACCCUUUUCAGUGGUGUUAAAAUUGCAAAGGGUACUGGGAAGACUACAAUUUACCUUGCCUCUAAAGAGCCAGGGUAUACUUGAAGGAAAAGUGCAUCAAACAAGAGCUGCUGAUCUGAAAAAGCCACACAUGACAGAAAGCGCAUGUUGAUGCUCAGUUCUGUUCAAGCUAGACAAUACUCACCAAGGAGCAAGGUGCAAGUGGGUUGAUUUCAGAAGGACAUGAACCCUGUGUGUUGAUUCCAUUCUGCUGUUCUUGAGAUUUAGUUGCUGUCAAGUGCCUGAAGUGGUGCUUUAUUUUUUGUUUGCCUCACAAUUACAUUGGUGGCAUGUGCUAAUAUAAAGAGCUUUAACUUCAAACAUUAUUGGACUAAAGAGAUGAACGGUUGUGUUGCGACAGAGAACCAGAUUUUUGCUAUUCUAAGAGCAACAGUAUUCCUCAAUCCUGUCUGUUCUGCAGUGUUAAACUAGGAACAGGUAAAACAGGGUAAUGGUAAUCUGGACCUUAAUUUCUGCAGUUCAUUUCUUUUAAUGUUCUGUCUGCAAAAACUCAGGAAAGUGAUUGUGAUUUGUACAGUACCUCAAAGGAAUGUGUUGAAAGCACUAUGUACUGCUGAGAGUUAUAGGCUAGGCUUCAAUGUUACUUUAUAUUAAAUAUGUAUGUUUACCUCAACAAUUGGAAAAUGGCAAGGAAAAUUACUUUGAAUGUAUCCAGGAAAAAACUAAAGUGUGAUAUGGCUGAAGCUUUACAGUUUUUAAAAAUAGAAACAGAAGGAUUUCCCACUGUUCAGAAAUGGUUCUUUUGCAAAUUCGUCAGAUCAAACCAGAGCAGAACAAUUUUUCUUGUCAGUAAACUGUAAGAGUUUUCAGCAUAUUGCUCCUUGAUAAUUAUGUGAUACAGUCUUUAGAAGGUGCAUAGAUGAAAAAAGAGCCACUUAAUUGGUUUACUUUAGCAUCCAAAACAGUCAAAUGUAAGAUUUGGUGGGACUCCAAGAGGCAAAUUACCUUAAGCUGUGACUGCUGGCCUUUGUUGUGCGGCAUUAGUCGUAGUUUUGAGGUUACUUUGGUGAAGUUGUAGGGUGUGGGAUCAGUGUAGGUCGCUGGCAGAGCUAUGGGUUGCAGAGCUGUUUAUAGCAACGCAGUGGACUGUGACCAAACAAACAGUACAAAUAACAAAGCAAAACAUUUAUUUCCCUUCCCAAACUGUAAAGUUGAGUUUUUGUUGUGUAUGUAUGGCUCCAUUGUUCUUAAUGCAAUCUUCAUUUAGCAUCCAUUGGAAAUCUUCCAGGCUGGAGUGUGCCCACCAUUAUUGCUACCUCAGUUUUGUUACGUUUCUCUUGGAAAGCAAAGUAAGAAAUAGGGCAAAAAACAACACCAACACAAAAGUCAGAUUACAUUAGGAAUGCGAACCUGCUAGACAAGUUUCAGAGAGCUGCUGUUUUUUCCCCUGAAGUCAAGUUUUUCACUAUGUUAGUGCUCUUCUCCCCCCCCCCCCACCCCGUUUUUUUUCCUCCCCCAAAUAUACAUAUUCUGGUGUCUUCCUUGUGGAAAGACUAGCUGGCAUGUGUGGCAUUUGUUCAGUUCUCCCCCACACCCCCACUUUUCUUUUUAUCCAUUAAUGCUUUCCGUACAACUCUUUUGGUGACAGCUGACUGAUGCUGGGUAAUGUCUCUGAGCAGGAGCAGUGCAUGUUGCAGCUGCCCAAAGCCUCUGCCAUCACAUGAACAAAACAGCCUUGCUUUUUUGAAUGUAUUUUUUUGUUUGUUUACUUUAAAGAGACAGUAACAAAACUGUUGCAAAGCACUGGCAUUUAAUGUUUCUGUUAAGUAGUGUACUUUCAAAACCAUUAAAUAAAUGCACUGAAAAGCCCCAAGAAGAGAGAUACCAAUCUGUUGCUAGGUCAUGUUUGUCUUCUCAACAAUUGUACAGACCUUGUCCAUUUUGUUAAAUUGAUGGAGACAUUUCGCGUUCAGAAAGCUAAUGAGGGAUUUUGUGAUAUUGCUGGAAAUUUAUGACUCUUGCUUAUUACUUUCCUUUAUUUUUCUUUUAAGAUAUAUAUAUAUUUAGAUAGAACGUGCUAAAAACAGAGCAAAUAAACCAAAAUCUAAUUUAAGAUGGAUUCCUGGCAAACAUUUUGUCUAUCUAAAACUUUGUUUUAAGCAUAAAAGUACCAUUUUAAAAACAGUGCCUUUCAUUAAGGAUGUAGAAAGUAAGACGUAAGUACAUCACCUGCUUUGCUUUUCUUUUUUUUUGCCUUUUUUUUUUUUCUUUUUUCUUUUCAACAGCAAUUACAGUCUAUGAUCCUUGUUAUGAUCCAGUCUUUCUGCUUCCCAAAUCUCCACAGGCUGCUUCUUCACCCAGGUCAUUCCACCAUCCUCAUAUUUGGGAGAUCCUGAUGUCCCCAUUAGCUGUAGGCUCAUGCUGAUCACACUGGCAAGUAUGCUGCUGCAGAUUGCUGACCCAAUUUCUGUCUUAGGCAUUGCCUUUCAUAUCUGCAUUGAGCUGUGCUCAUUUGAAAGGCUUGGGCAAGUUUUGAUAAACCAACUCUUGUUCACUGUUUCUCCUAACCGUACUCCUAACAGACUUUUUUGCAGCUAGUAAAAUGAAACCUACCCACUAGAGUGUUUUUUUCCCCUCUUUUUAUCCAGUAGCAAACCCAAAAGCAAGCAAAAUUGUAGAUGGUCCCUUUGGCUUCCAGCUUUAAAGCAUUGUCUUUAAAAAAGUCACUCUGGGAAAUGGAUUUCUCAAAUGUUAACCAAAGUGAGAAGCUGGCAGAAACUGAGAUGGUGUGAAAAUGCAUGUUCCACACGCACGCACACACUCACGCUCAUUCUCUCCAGGGCUCGAUCCUGCUUUGGGGCAGGAGAAGCAGAAAGCUUCACCCCUAUCGCGGCAACUAUAAGGAGAGGAAAACAAAGCCGUAUUGUUAACCAAAUCUUUCCUUAUCAACAGCCAUCUUGGAAUUGCUGUGCGAGGGUGCCUGUUGAAUUUAGUGAGAGCUUGGCCUGGUAGUGUUAACAGGACAUGUCUCAGCCCUUCUCCAAGUCCUUUGAUGUAAUUUCCACCAGUCCGGGAGGAGCUGAGCGGGCUGAAGCCCCUGCCAUGUCCUGUUCUUAUUGCUUUCCUUCUUCCUCCCACAUUCAGCCCAUUUUCUCCCUAGUGAGCAGGUUUGGGCAGGCUGCUGGUCCUUCACCCCUCUCAGCAGCCUUCUUGUCAAGGAGUGUCCAGGAAAGGCUGGAACACGAUCCUGAACUUGAGCAGGUUCCAAAGGUUAGGAUUGGCUUUGAGAAGAGAGACAAAAUAUGUUCUAAUGGUGUCUUCAGGAUUAAAUGUUCGCUGGUCUUUGACAUUUCAGUGGUAGAAAGCCAUUCGCUUUGCCCAACUGACUGGGCAAAGAUGGGGCCUGCUGCCACAGAAAUGCCGAAGUGGUGGGCUGGGGCUUCCUGGCCACUGGCACAGCCCUGGCCAGGAAGCCAGGAACCUGAAAUGGCAAUGUCAAAGGAUUUUAAGGAACCUGAAAUGGUUGAAGAGCCUCUGCUAUGUCAGCCUAUCACUGCAGAUGCUUUACGUUGUAUUUUUGUGUGUGGAUCCCAUUCUGUAACAGCUCAGCUCAUUUUCUUCCUUGUACCUUCAGUAAUAAUUCCUAUGGCAACAAAAGUAAAAUAAAUUGGAGGAAUAUUUCCACAAGCUGAAGGAUCAGUAUCAGUUCAAGGAGGAGUUCAUAAUGACCUUAUGUGAAACAGAAAUGGAAAUACUCUAGACUUCUGGCAUGUUUCUCUCCAAAAUAUUUAAAACGUUAGUGACAGUAUAGAAAAGUUUGCUGACUGAGCUGAUCAAUGGAAUGUGAAGGCAGUUUACUUUAAGGCUAUUUACUUUCAUGCAGAUUAUUUAUCUAUUGGUCAGUUUGUAUUCUACUCAAAUGCAGGUAGAUGGGCAAAAUGUCUGCUUGAGCAUUACAAACCUACCAAGGGGAAAAUCAACCAUCUGACUAAAAUACAUAGGCCAAACACCAUCUGGGUGUCUUUACCAGCUAUUUGAAGGCUGUGUUCUGUAAAAUGGUACAAGGUCAUUUUAGGUGUUUUUUUAUAGGAUGUUGCUCUAGGGGAUCGUCUAGUCAUAAAGAUCCAAAUUGUAUCCUGUGUCAAGAUGUUAGUAUAUUGAAAGCAAAUUUGGGGAUCUGACCAGGGUUUUCACUGUCUGCAAAUACGUACAACUUCAGGCAAAGGGCAGUUCUUAUAAUCACCCUGCUUUUUUCUCUGAAGCACUCCAUCAUCACAAAGGAGAAUGCAUUACUCAGAUCUGAAGGAUACACUUUGUCACAAAACAAGGCCGCCAAAAGUUGUAGGGCCUCCUACCCUUUCACUUACACCAAUCUGAAGGUGGUAUAACCUUGUUGACUUAAAGGAAUUGCUCCCAGUUUCUGCCCUUGUUAGAAAAGUUAUCGCUCCAAUGUAUAAUAAUCUAUGUCUGUUGGUUUUCAUCAUCAGCUCUGAAAGCUAACCUUGUCCUCACAGCACUAACUCCUUUCCAUCUUGUAUGUGUGCAUGUGUGUAUAUAAUAUUUAUAUGUGCAUACACACCAUGUCCAAACAAUAGCUUUGUCUCUUUAUUUAAAAAAAAAAAAAAAAAGUCAUUUAAUCAUCUGCAGAUUUAUAUGAAGCACAUUAGUAAACAUGGAGAUACUAGUAUUUCAGAAUUCAAAAAAAGCCCAGCUGUGCUGGUGACUAACCAAUACAUGAACUGAAGCUCACACUCUGCAAGGACCUUUGGUUGACAUUCGAUUUUGAACCUGCCAGAUGCAUUUUUGUGAACCAGGGAUACUGCAUC